CAGUUCCACUGGGAGUCGCAUCCCACCUGGUAAGGAGGUGGGGUCCUGUCUCCCCACACUCACAGACCUUGGCCUCUCCCUGGCCGCUGUUGAAACUCUGGGUCUGGAGGGCAAGCGUGGGGAAGCGCUCCUCAGAAAAUGAUUCCCAUGGCUUCUUGGAAAUCUUUCUUCUUCUCCCCUUUCCUUUUGUGGAGCCAAACUAGAGGGGUGAGACUGGUGUUCCUGCUGCUGACCUUGCAUUUGGGAAACUGCGUUGAUAAGGCAGAUGAUGAGGAUGAUGAGGAUUUAACAGUGAACAAGACGUGGGUUUUGGCACCAAAAAUUCAUGAAGGCGAUAUAACACAAAUUCUGAACUCAUUGCUUCAAGGCUAUGACAACAAACUUCGUCCAGAUAUAGGAGUGAGACCCACAGUGAUAGAAACUGAUGUUUAUGUAAAUAGCAUCGGACCAGUUGACCCCAUAAAUAUGGAAUACACAAUAGAUAUAAUUUUUGCCCAAACCUGGUUUGACAGUCGCUUAAAGUUCAAUAGUACCAUGAAAGUGCUGAUGCUUAACAGCAAUAUGGUGGGGAAAAUUUGGAUCCCUGACACUUUCUUCCGGAACUCGAGGAAAUCAGAUGCACACUGGAUAACAACUCCCAACCGCUUGCUGAGGAUCUGGAAUGAUGGACGAGUCCUGUAUACUCUACGACUGACAAUUAAUGCAGAAUGUUACCUCCAGCUCCAUAACUUUCCUAUGGAUGAACAUUCCUGCCCAUUGGAGUUUUCAAGCUAUGGAUACCCUAAAAAUGAAAUUGAGUAUAAGUGGAAAAAGCCCUCUGUCGAAGUGGCUGAUCCAAAGUACUGGAGAUUAUAUCAGUUUGCCUUUGUAGGGUUACGAAACUCAACUGAGAUCUCUCAUACAAUCUCAGGGGAUUAUGUUAUCAUGACAAUUUUCUUUGACCUGAGCCGAAGAAUGGGGUAUUUCACUAUUCAGACAUAUAUCCCGUGCAUCCUGACAGUGGUUCUCUCUUGGGUGUCUUUUUGGAUCAAUAAAGAUGCUGUCCCUGCAAGAACAUCCUUGGGGAUCACGACGGUUCUGACGAUGACUACUCUGAGCACAAUCGCAAGGAAGUCCUUACCUAAGGUCUCCUACGUGACCGCCAUGGACCUCUUUGUGUCUGUUUGCUUCAUCUUUGUGUUCGCAGCCUUGAUGGAGUACGGAACCUUGCAUUACUUCACUAGCAACCAAAAAGGAAAGACUACCAGAGACCGGAAGCUUAAAAACAAGGCCUCGGUGUCUCCUGGUCUCCAUGCUGGAUCCACUUUGAUUCCCAUGAACAGUAUCUCUGUUCCUCAAGGAGAGGAUGACUAUGGCUACCAGUGUUUGGAGGGCAAAGACUGCGCAAGCUUCUUCUGCUGCUUCGAAGACUGUAGGACAGGGUCGUGGAGGGAAGGCAGGAUACACAUUCGCAUAGCAAAAAUCGACUCCUACUCACGCAUCUUUUUCCCAACAGCUUUUGCCCUGUUCAAUCUGGUUUACUGGGUUGGCUAUCUUUACUUAUAAAUGCCACUAUUAUGCAAACAAAAGUCUGGCUAAAUCCAAUGUAACCCAUUGUACUUCAGUGAUGUGAAUUUGAAGUUUGACAGGCAGAGAAUUCAGUGGUUGAAAUCUGAAAUAUAACUAUAAGCCUUUCAUAAGUAAAUAAAAUAACAGCUUUCAGAUUGGUUGCCCUAAAUUGACAUGAAAUCGUAUUAAAUAUUUUGAAUUUAAUUUUCUUUAUUUUGCUUAUAUACUAUUAGUAUUUAAACUAAUAGCUUUCUAAUACAUAAAGAUGAAAUAAUAUAAGUACAUAUUUAUUUAAAUAAAACUAUUGUUUAUAAUGAGAAACUAAAGCCUGAUACUUACGUACUUUUUGUUUAGAAAAGUUAUUAAUUUUAUAUUCUCACCUCUCCCCCCCCCCCCGUUUGGAUUCAGCUUGCUUCAAAGAUAAAGCCAUGAUUUUCUUAGAUUUAUUUCUAUAAUGUUACUUCAAAGAGGAAAUUUUUUGGUAUUUUUUCAUUUAAAUUUUCAUGUAAAUUGACAAUUUAUAAUUGUACAAAUUUAUGUAGUAAACUGUGAUGUCAUAUUGUAUGAAGACCAUGUAGAAUAAUUUGACCAAGCUACUUGACAAUUACAAGCAAUUUAUGAAAUGUAUGAUUCUUGUCUGUAAUUCAGUCCAUUUCUUGAUGUAGUAUUAAAUGAAAAUUUUCACCCUGGUAACAGUGGUAUUUAGUUUGAGGUUUUGCAAACUUGAAUGUAAGCCACUAAAGUUAUUGUUCCUUUUUGAAAUGAAACUAUCAAGGAAAGUUUUACAUUUAAUCUAUUUUCUGCCUCAUAGCUUUUGUGAGGUAUGAAGAGUUUCACACUGAAAUGUUACUGUCUACCAGCACUGAAAUUAAGUGCAGAGGAAAAUGAUCAUGCUUUCUUUUAUGUACUACAAAGGAGUGUUACGUUCUGUCAGCACAUAAACCCUGAGAGGAAGAAUACUUAACAGUGUGCUUAAAUAGUCAUCUGGAAAAUUAACUUGUAAGGCAUACUGAGACUAUGGUGUUAAGUAUGCACUACUGACAAUUCUUUAGACUAUAUACAUUUGGGAAACCAUCUUAGGUCUGCAUCAUGUAUUAUCUGCUCUACCACCUGAUUUCUGAUCCCAAAUCUAAACAAUGUGGGAAGCAUUACCAAUCAUCAUGCAGAUGGACUUUGUUCGGAGGUAUAUGAUGAAUCUGAACGUGGGAAUAUUUCAAGUUCCCAUAGGCAAGAGCAGAAAAGGUUGAGAUCACGUCUCACUGUAUGAACAGUCAACCAUUCAACAGUUGCCAAAAGCCUCUGAUGAGCAGAGUUGAAUAAUGGUUUCCCUGAUUAUAAACUGAUAAGUGGUUUGGCAUAUCAAAUGUUCGUAAGAACUUUAGAUUCGUUCACUGUCACCUAAUGUUAUGUCAAAUUAUCUGAGUCAGCUUGUACAUAUGUACUAGAUAAUGUGUCAUUUCAAAAGCUGUUAUCAGGGUGGGAAACUUCAUGACCAAGGCCUAUGUUAAGCUUCAAGGAGAGGCAGUCAUAUAUGUGUUUGGCUUGCUUGAUUAUUAUGAUAAUUCCUCCCCAUGGUUAGUAAGUGAGUCCCAGGGUGAGGCUCUGUGUUCCCGUUUAAACUAUUUUUCUUUUGCCUCAUAAAACUCUAAAUAAAAUAUGCAGUAUGUGAAUGGUGACAACAAAUACAGUUUUAAAUGGAUAACAAAUAAUAUAUUGGCCAUGUAUAUACUCAUUUUCAGAUAUUUCAUAGAUCCAAGCUCACAAUCUUGAAUACUGGUGAAGAUUAAUAAAUGAACUUUCAUAUUUGGAUGAAUGAAAUACGAAUUGUCCAUUAAGGAGUAAAAUAUGUUGCUUAAACUUUUCUGUUUAAUUCCAUGUUUUCAGUUAUAGCUUGUUCACUACCCUGGGGUAGUUUCAAUGGGGACUCUUUCAAUUGUAUUUCAGCAUGAAUACAUGUUAAUGUAUUUUAAAAUGCUUGAUAUAAAUGGCCAUGUUUUUCAUUGCUGUUUUACUAACUUGCCUUUAAGUAUUUACAUGUUUAUAAGUGAAAAUAAAAUUGAUAGAAAUAUAAACGAUA